UCUGUGCAUUUAAAAGGAAGCUGCGCAAGGGUUGCGCCAUGGAACCGGUUCGCGGCACUUUCUCAAUCGAAGAGCCAUCAUCAAAUCCAUCAACAUUGUCCGCAGUGCCAGAUGAAGACUUGUUCGAUUUGAGGCGGAUCAAGAUGAGCAUGGUCAUCACGUUGAUUGUGAUGAUCCCCAUCUCGGUGGCUUAUGGCUUCAUGAACAUGAACUGUGGCGAUGCGGGUCUGAAAGCCUUGAAACAGGAGGAGCAUCUGCACGUGAUCGAUGAUUUGGACAGGCUGAACAAGUUUCAAUCUCUCUACGGGCUGGAGUCGUUGCCGAAGGUUUGCGAGCCCUUGCUGGGGCAGAUCGUCGAGGUCACUGCUGCCAGUCUUGGCGACUACGGAUACUACUAUGUGUCUGUGCGCUCUCCUGGGUCAACGACUUCCGAGUGUCACAUGGCACCGCCCUGUUUGACAGAGCUAUGGUGCGGAAGGGGUGCCAUGAUACCUACGAACUUGGGCAUGAUGCUGGCAGUGAUUGUUGCCAUCUUCGUCCUUGUCCUUGGAAUUCUCGACUUGAAGCACCAAUACUUCAGACAACAGCAAAUCCUGGAGAGCCUUGGCAACAACACAGCCCAGAUCUAUCGUAUGAUCGUGUCUGGCCGGGCAGCUCGACAUUUGACCCAUGUCACUUAUGGCCCCAACAGUCUUUUGCGAUGGAUGGCAUUCAAAAACUGUCCGUGGGUCGAGUUGGCCUUCCUCGUGAUCUUUUACCUUAUCAUUGUUGUAAAUCCAAAUGUGCGAAUGACCGUAGUCAUUGAAUUCAGCCCAAUGCUCACGGCAAUUAUUCCCUUUGCCUCUAUUUUGUGUCUCCGCUUCGGCCUAUGGAUUUUCUGUGUCAUCAAGUACUCCAGAAGGGCAGCUGCUGAGCAAACCUUUGACAUCGCUUUCUGCACGGUCCCGGAGAAUCACGCGGUUUGUGUCAUUUACAGGCGGUUCAUCUAUUGGUUUUGUAACAUUGGCAAUCUCCCACUGGGCCAGCCUCCUCCCAACAUGAACGUGGCUUAUCGAAAGCCAAUGGUCCUUGUGCGAUCGCAACUGCUUGCGCACCGUUCCGACCCUGAUAAUGACGAGUCCGCAAUUGUCGGUUGGAGCUUAAAGAUGUGCUGCGGCAACUACAACCGAAGUCGUAGAGGCGUGACAGUCUUCUUUAACGGUUGGAGCGCUCUCUGGAGGGAGUUCCCGGUGGACCCAGCCCGGAUCCAUGACUUGCAACGUUGGCUUAUGGAUCCCAUUCAUCGAGAUCUCUUCCGAUAUGAGGGCGUGGCCCUGAGAGCCACAGAGAUCUUGCCAUGGGACAAUGACAGAUUGCACGACCCCCUUCGCCAACCGCAUGAGCUCGAGGUUCCCCAAUCUAUGCAGUUGACCAAAGUCUUCAGCCUGCGAUGUGUGGAUGGUAACCAUGGCCAGCUGACACUUUAUUUGACCACCAUGGCAGGAGAAGAGCUGGCGCCAAUGACAGCGUCCGGUGCAGAUUUGGUGGCAGACUUGUGUUACCGUGUCUCAGUGGAAGGGCACGAAGGUUUUCAAGUGAAAGUGGCCCUACCAAACGGGCAAACCUUGGAUUCGCUGGAUCCAAAGAAAUCUCUAUCAGACGCUUUUCGGGACUUCAUGGGGUGAGACCGUGCUGAAUGGCCUUGAAAAUCAAUGGCCUUGAGACCGUGUCUUGUGAUGUCGUGUGUCAGAACUUUGACGGAGAAACCAAC